UCAGCUUAAUAAUGAAUAGAUAUACAUGUAUUUAAUAUCUGAAAACACAAACUCCUAGGAAUUCAUUUGCCACAGUCUCAAAUUGUAUUAAUGUCAUGUUGAGGAUUUUUCUAAAGAUCCCCCGCUUUGAGCCCCAAUCCCUAUUCUAUGGCUGUUGAUCUAGUGUUUCCUUUACUUUGUUCUGAUUGGCCGGUAGAGGUUGGUUAUGAGUGAAGAUAAACUGAGAUAUCCUGAUAUUGAUUGUAGGGGCAUCAUGUGACUUUAUGUAUAUACACAGGGGGGAGAUCGCUGCCAAAAUAUCUAGGUCAGACACUUAUUGACUUGUGUAGCAGUGCAGCCUUCACAUGGUGUCAGAGAUAUACAGAGUUCAUUGGAGUGUGACUGCACCGGUCUCCUCACUGACCAGCACUGAGCCCCUGUGUUAUCUUGCCCCUGUGUUAUCUUGCCCCGGUUUGGUGAACACUGGAGGUUUGAUCGUUCAGGAUUGAGUGAAGCUGUGAAAUGCCCGUCUUUUGAUUUGAAUCAGCUGUGCGUUUAUCUGUUGGCAGCUGACUGAGACCAGAAGGCAAUGAGUCACAGAACAGACUCUCUUCGCUCCAGAGCAGAUGACAUUCCAUUAAGGCGACGCCCUACAUCCCAGACCAGAGAGAGGUCAAGGGAACGAGAGAAGGAGAAAAAUGAAGCAGAGAAAGCAGGUGGGAUGAGAACCAGAUUAUCAACUGGUAGUAUUCACUUGAAUGGAACCACCACAAUUGCCGUGGCCAGGGAGAUUGAAAAUAAUCAGAGACUACAGGGAAAAUCACCAAAAGAUGUCGUAGAGUCUCCUGUAAAGAGGAAGAAAACAACCAGCGAAGAGAAAACCAGUGGUGUGGAUGUCAGUAGUGUCGGAACCAACCCACCCCCCAAAAAACGCAAGAUCGGCAGGAACGAUGGAUCUGGGGAGGACAAUCGUAACGACUACUUCUGCUGGCUGUGUCACAAGGAGGGGACCGUGAUCUGCUGUGAGCUAUGUCCCAGGGUCUACCACACAAAGUGUCUGGAGGUCAGCGGGGACCUUCCCAAAGACUGGGUCUGUCCUGAAUGUGAGAAAAUAAUGCGAGCUGAAUGUGUAGACACGAGGUCAAAGGCCAUGUCCAUGAUCACUGUGGAAACACUGUGUACCCUGCUGAAGUAUGCCUUGGAGAGGAUGAAGCACCAAGGAAGUGACCCGUUCACCAAACCAGUGGACCUGCAGGCUGUGCCAUACUACACAGAUUACAUCUUCAAUCCCAUGGAUCUGACCCAGUUAGAAAAAAAUGUCAAGAAGAAGCUGUAUGGGUGUACAGAGGCAUUUCUGGCUGAUGCUAAAUGGAUUCUUCACAAUUGCAUCAUCUUCAAUGGAUCUGCUCAUAAACUGACGGCUAGUGCCAAGAUGAUCAUCAAAAUAUGUAAACAUGAGAUGAAUGAAGUUGAGCUGUGUCCUGACUGUUAUUUGAACUCCUGUAUUCGUAAAAACGAUGAAUGGUUCAGUGAAACUUGUAGAACCCCUCACACCCUGGUGUGGGCCAAACUCAAAGGCUACCCAUUCUGGCCAGCCAAAGUUAUGAGAUAUGAGCCAUCUAAAGCGUUACGCGAGGUGGAUGGGCAGGUGGAUGUCCGAUUCUUUGGAGCGCACGACAGAUCCUGGGUCCCAACUUCUCAAGUUUUCAUGCUCUCGAAAGAAAUCCCCACCCCAGCCAAAAACAAGAAAGGGGGCUUUGAGUAUGCUAUGGAGGAAACAGAGCUCCACAUAAAGAAAAUCAGGGAGAAGUUUGGUAGCUUUGAAUACGCUCCAUUCAGAACACCAUAUGACAAGAACCAUGUGUACUUCCACAACAAGAUGAAGAUCCCAAACAAAAACAUUAUUAAAAAGUCUCCUAAAGCAGCAGUUUCUUCCUCGUCUCUAAAGACUGCAUCCCCUGUCAAAACAGUGAUCAGUCGCCAGAUAUCGGACAGUAAAGGGGUGGAUAAACAGUCGCUAGUGAUGAAGCGAGCAUCUGCUGUCAGGAAUAAGUACAAUAGUAUCAUCACAAUUCGGCGGGGGAUUGGUGAUGUGUCACAGCCAGUGAAAAUGGAGGUACCAUCGGGAGUGUUCUGUGUUAGCUCUGAGGAGCAAGGAACUUCUACGGAGGUAAAACCAGAUAUCAAAUUUACAGCCAGUAAGCUUCCCAACUUAACAAGUAGAAAGAGUGACAUUAUUGAUAAAAUUCAGAGCAAGAUUGAAGCCAUGAGUGAGGGAGAGGAAGAGGAAUCGAAGGAGAAACCAGAGCACAACUCCAAUCAAGAUCCUGCCAUGGAAAAUAGUGCUGCUAGCAAUGAAAGUACAAAUAUGGACAAAAUUCAUUGUGAAAAUCAAACCAUUGAGGAAGAAAAUGAUAAUCAUCAUGAGUCUAUCCUGGAUCCAUUAACUGGACAAAUUUGUGCUAAACCCAUCACUGAGUCUCAAGUUAGAGAUAAAGCUGCUGUGAUAGACAAAGACUGUGAAAAAAAUACUGAAGACAAAACUACACAGGAAACAAAUAGCCUAGAUGAAUCAAAAACUCCAGAAGAGAAAGAGUUGAGUCCUGAUCCUACCUCCUCUGUGUCAGAUGUGUCGCCUUCCAAGACGGAAUACUUGGCCAAACUCCAGAAGACAAUUCAGAGUUGUAAGGAUAAGCUGGGAAUUUCUGGUGACAGUCUGGAGGAACCUGAUGAGGGGCACUCCUCUCAAGAGGAUAGUGAGGAAGAGGAAGAAGAGGAGGAGGAAGAAGAGCAAGGGGAUGACAAAAAUAAACAGUUUGAUACAGAAGAGGAUUCACAAGAGUCCUCAGUCAGGUCACCUGUGGAGAGCAAGUCCUCAGAGGCUGAAGAGAGCAAGUCCUCAGAAGCAGAGGAGAGUAAGUCCUCUGAGGCUGAGGAGAGUAAAGCAUCAGAAGAUGAGGAGGUUAUUGCCUCAGAGGUUGAGGAGAGGAAGUCUUCAGAAGUUAAGGAGAAUAAGUCUUCAGAGGUUGAAGAAAAGAAGACCUCUGAGGUUGAGGAAGGCAAACUGUCCAGUGCUAGAGAGGACAUGGAUACAGACCAGGUCUGUAGUAGCAGCACAGAUGUGACAAUGGACUCCAAAAAGACAGAGAAAAACAUCUUUGAGUUGAUGGAAACUGGGACCUCAGUUGAAGUUGAUAAAAAAGAGCAUUCAAAUUCUGCAACCAAAAACAAUGAAGAAAUGAAAACCUCAACCAAAGUGAAAGCUCAAACCAAACCAGUGAAACCACAAACUGAUUCAAACAGCAAUGCUGAAAGUGAAAAGAAAAUUGUGGAAUCAGAGAAAAAAAGAAGUCUUUCAGGAAAAAGUUUGGAAUUUCCAGACACAACAGGGAGGGAGGAGAUUCAGACAUCACUUGACAUGAGUGUGGAGAGUGAAAAGCCUGAACAGGAGGUGGAUAAAUCCACGAGAGAAGUAGAGGAAAAUGGUCCUGUCAGCACUCCAACAAAAGUCUCCCCAUCAGGCACAUCAGAGACGAACGUGUCUCCUAAAGGGAAGGAAAGAGCAGGGAUUGUGUACAGGAAAACUAACAAGAAGCCGGUCCAGCCACCUGUUAUUCUCCCUAAGCCCGCAGGUCCUGUUGUUAGCCUGUCAUCUGAAUUCUUCCAGAAUGCUGUGGAGAAGUCCCUACAGCCAGGCUCAGCCCCAAAGAGUCUUCUCUCACCAAAGAGGAAGCUGUCAGAGGAAGAUAAUGCCUCUAGUCAAGUGACCAAGGUAUUAAAACCAAACCCCCAGGUCCAGGCCAAACCAGGGACAGAGUUCUCUAGGAGAGUCCUAGAACAGCCUAAAGCAUCCCUAGAAGAGCCUCAACCCCAGACAGCUGUGGAAACUAAGGAACUGCCCAAGUAUGCACAGGACCUAAUGAGGUCGUUCUCGGAGAAGAUGAUGGCCAGUAUGCAAUCAUCCCUCCAGGAGAUGUGUUCAGAGAUUGUGUCCAAGUCUGACCAGCACAGGAUGCCAGAUGAAACAAACAUGGAGGCGGAACUUGUUCGCAUUGAUUGGGAGCAGAAACAGCAAAUUGCUGAACUCAAGCAUAAUUUCCAGUUGACAGUUGCUGAAAUGAAAACUUUAUGGGAAGCAGAAAAACAACGAAUCAUUCAGGACAUGAAAGUAGCUCAUGCCAAAGAAAUUGAGAAAUCCAUAUCUGAAACGAAGAAAAAGCAAUGGUGUGCUAACUGUGGUAAAGAGGCCAUUUUUUACUGUUGUUGGAACACCAGCUACUGCGACUACCCUUGUCAACAGAUACACUGGCCGACACACAUGCCAGUCUGCAUGCAGACCCAGAAUAACUCGGACUCCAACAACACUGAGGCAAAUAGCCAAUCAAACAGCUCCGGGAGGUCCAGUUCCCAUAGCAACCCAAGUGAGAGACCCCCACAAUCUACAAACAUUACUGGGGUGCCACCUUCCUCAAACCCCCUGGAAAUGGAGAGUGAGGAUUUUCGGAGAGCUACCAGAGAGAAUCUGACCAACAUCCUUCAGCAACAGCAGCAGAGAAUGCAGAACCCCCCACCCCAACCAAUGACAAACGUCCAGUAUCUACCAGGAGGCGGGACUAGCUCUGUGGCCCCGCCCAACAUUCCUCCCCAGUACAUACAGCAGCAGCAACAACAAAGGAUGAUCUUUGAUGAUUCAGGUCGUAAGAAGCCUAAUUACUAUUGGACGGACCAGACCAUGGAUCAGGCAGUGUCCGCCGUACUGAAGGAUGGAAUGUCUGUGAAUAAAGCAUCAAAGAUCUUCAACGUCCCUCGUAAAAUCCUCACCGAGCGAGUAGGCGGGCGGCUUCCUCUGCCCCAGUCAGUGACUGGGAACCAGCCUCUAGCCACACCCUCAGUUCAGUUCCAGUAUGUAGGUCCACCCCAGUCCUUGAUUCAACCACCCUCAAGUGUUCAGCCUCUCAACUCAAAUCAACAAGCAAUGAGAAUUCCUUGCCCACAGACCCAGGGUAUCCCCCAGACAAUUAUGGGCCCGCCUCAUCAGGUUCUGUCCUCUGGGGGGUCCAUCCUCUACCCCAUACAGAUCUCGCAGUCCGGCCCCUCCCUGAUGACUGGGGGACCAGUGGUCAUCUCCCAGGCAGGUCAACAGGUGCCCCCUGCGGGGUCCAUGAUCAUCUCCCACCCUGGUCAACAUCAACCACAGGGGCCCCCAAUGGUGGUCUCCCAAACCAACCAGCACCCACAGGCCAUACCAGGGAGUCUGACCUAUCACGGCCGAUUCCAGUGACCAGUUAUCACAGCUCAGUAAUUUUGUUACAAUUGUAAUAAACAGUCAAUUUGAUUGGCUGUUCUAUUAUUAUUCACCGCUGUUUGAUUGGCUGCUCUCCAUGAUAACACACAGCAGAAUUUUUGAUUGGAUGUAUCAAUGUAAUAUGCAGCCAAAAGGUUGUUUAACUGCUUUAUUACUUCCAGUGCUUUAAGUAUUUGCCCGAAAUGUCACAGCUGAUGCCAAAAAGAGGCCUUACUGUGAAAGAAUGAGGUAUGCUGUGUGAUGUAGUAUUAGUCUCCUGUCAGGGAGGCAUUUUAUGAAUGGUUGUUAAUGAUAAGAAAUGCAUGCUUGAUUGUAUACUAUGUUUGUUAGCAUUUGUUAUAAUAAACAUCAAGUAGAAAUUGU